AUGGACAACACUGAUCUGAACCUUGAACCGACCAGCAAAAAGCGCAAACUCAGCCGAUCAGAGUCUUCGUCCCAGGGAGUCACUCGCAAGCAUACUCGCGUCCUAGCGGCCUGCGACGAGUGUCGCAUUAGCAAAACAAGAUGUGACUCGGCAAGGCCGGUAUGCGCAAAAUGUCUGAAGAAAGGAGUGCCGUGUGUUUAUCCGGAUAAGGAUCCCUUUUCAAUAUUUGAAUCGUGGGGUCAACGUAUACUUGGAGCCGUUGAGAGCCAGCAGAAGGUUCUCGUUGAAUUAGUAGCUCAGAGAACAGAUAGGGGACGGACUCCAUUCACUACUGUGGCACGGGACUGGCAGAUCUCACUUGAAGACGUCGAUCUGGAGACAAUCUCUAGAAAUGACACUCCAAAAACACCUAUCACUGGAUCAGAUAUGAUUCUCAGCUGGCCCAUUUUCCCGAGAAACAAACCAGUAAAUACAUUUCCUGCAUAUGCCCAUGCGGAAAAAGAGAAGAAUGUUGACCCCCGUCAUCAACAAAUCAUGCUUCCCAACACGAUUGGCUACGACGGCUCUCAACGACGACGCAUAUUGGAGUUAAGGGAUAUCUACAUGACUAAAAUCCAGACCAAAAAUCCCAUCGUCGACGCAUAUGAAUUAGAUGAGCAUCUUACCAAGAUUUUGGAAAAAGGGUUCGACUGGAGUCCGUCGUCGUGCUUGGUGUUGCUGGUACUGUCGCUAGCUGCUAUAUGGGGGAAUUAUCCGCAUGACGAUCGGAGGACGGAAAUGGCUUAUAUAUCGUAUGAAGGGUUUCCGCAAAGGGAUUUUGUAAUCAAUUCAAUUCCGAAACAUCGGAUGAGAGAGUCACUGGGGUAUUUCUUGAUGGCGAGAGAGCGGAUGUCGACGGCGUAUUUGGACGACUCGUUGUUGGGGGUUGUGUGUUUUUGUUUAUUUGGAAUGUGGUAUCAGUACAAUAUUGAGCCGAUCCCGGGCUGGAAGAUGUUUCGUACCGCAUCAAUGUUAUGGGAGGCUUAUAACGUGAAACACCGAGAUGGGAGGACGGAGAGAUCUAAACAGGAACAAAGCCUCGAGCAACGAUUGUACUGGACAUGUCUCAAAUCCGAAUGCGAGGUCCGCUACGAAUUGGCUGAUCUACCUUCAUGCACAUUGCACAAAUCAGAUUUCCCAUUCUCCCUUCCAACGUUUUCGACCUCUUCAAAUCUACCUCAUUCAUCCUCAACAGGGAGCAAUCACCACGAACAAUCCAUCGAAGACUCGCCCUCACAUUACUACUAUCUCGCCGAAAUUUCUCUCCGCAGACUUCUCAAUCGCACUCGAAAUGCUGUCGUAAUUCUCAGCCCUGACAUAGACUCUGCAACCGCAUCAACUCUCGCCGAAACACUGUCCAAACUUGAUUACCAGCUUGAGCAGUGGCUUGAAUAUCUCCCACCAGUACUCCGCUUCAAUCGACCGCUUGAAUCCCUGCCACCAUCUAAUGAACCCGAACUUGUCAAACUCGUCCGUGAACGUUACGUCGAGGUACGCGAGCUUCUUUGCCGAGCUCAUCUUUAUCUUUGUCUGCACUGCGGUACAACCCUCAGCCACGAACAAGCUCGCCUAUACGGUACAAAAGCCAGUGAAGGAUUAGCUCUAUCAGUAUAUCGCAUUCAAACCGAAAAUCCAUUUUUCCGACAUCCAGGAUCCUGGGGAGCAUGUCGCGUAAGAUUUAAUCAUUCACUAUGUUUGAUUGCUGCUUUCAGGGGGAAAGUCAAUGGGAUAUCUUCGGCGGAGUAUGUAGUCGUCCCCCCUGCGUGGGCGGAUAGUGUGAGAGUUGUUAUUGAGAGGCUAGAGGUCUGGAGCGAAGAGGGCGGUGGGAUUAGGGAAUUGGCUAGGUUGUUGAGAUGGCUGAUGGCGGACGUUGCUUAG